GGCGUUAGGGGUGUUUUCAGUUGAUGAAAUAUAAGCGAUGUCUGACGAUACUGCUGUUGGUAUUUCUCUUGAAUUUGCAAAAUGCAAAAACUCUAAUGACAGUUGUCAUGGCACUGUUGAAUUGGAUAGCGAUCAUGGCACUGACACCGUUGCUGCAACCGUUCUUCAAAACAAGAAAUGUAAGUCAAAUACAGACGACACUAUUCCAAACAGUAGUCACGAAAGCAACUAUGCCCAUCACUUUACUGGGAAACACACUGGAAGGAAAUACUGGCAGAUUGUGUCAGUGUUCAGCUCUUUCAUUGUCAACAUGUUUUAUGGUGGUCUGGCAGCCUCGUACGGUGUCAUGUACUCAUACAUGAAGGAGCCUCUGGGCGUCUCAGAGGAGGAGGUGACUUGGUUUGGAUCUCUCUUUGGCGGAUUUAUUGGGAUUGCAUCUAUUCUUGCGAUGGUAUGUGUUGAACAUUUCGGCGGUCGUCUUACCACUUUGGUCGGAGGUUUGCUGGCUGCCUCUGGCUUAAUCCUCGGCAGCCAGGUGAACGACCUGAACCUGAUGUACUGCACACUAGGAUUUCUGCCAGGUGCUGGUGUGUGCCUUGCCUAUAACGCGACUAUGGUUAAUGUCAACAACCAGUUUUCAAAAUGGCGGCCGUUAGCCGUGGGGAUAUCUGUAACGGGGAUAGCGAUAGGUGUGUUGGUAUUUCCACCAGUGUCAGCCGUUACUGCAGACGUGUUUGGAUGGCGGGGCACAUUUCUCAUCUAUGGAGCGCUGAUAUUACACUUCAUACCUUGUGCUGUGUGGAUAACUCCAAAAAAUAACACAGGUGAUUCUGACAGUAGAAGAGUCUCCCUGGGCCAGACGAUGGUCGAUUGUCUCCGGUUACUCAGGAGUCCAGAUGCAAUAUUUUUGGCCAUUGCUCACAUCUCCCUUGGCUUUGGCUACUACACAUUCGCCACCUUCAUUCCUGACUAUGUAACAACCUCACCAUACAGUAUGACAACAUCCGAAGCUUCUCUCAUAGUUUCAAGCUUGGGAUAUGGCAGCAUUGCUGGUCGUAUUAUAUUCUCUGGGAUUUCCAUGGCUUCUCACAAGGCGACAAACUAUAUAUUUAUCCUCUCAGUGUGCGUAUGUGGUCUCACUAACUUGCUCGUGCCACUUUGCAAAGAUUCCAUUGCAUUUUACACGAACGGUGUAGCGUAUGGAAUAGCUCUAGGAGGAUGGAAUGGCGUGCACACAAUUCUCUUAGUCAAACUGUUUGGACUUGAUAAUUUAUCGAAAUCAUUCAGCAUGUGUGUAAUGUGCCAAGGGAUAGGGAGCUUUGGAGGGGCUCCUUUGCAAGGCUAUUUUGCGACUUUAUUUGACAAAGAUAUGGCGUUCUACAGUGCCGGGACUUCCUUCAUCUUGACGGUGAUGUUCAUGGUGAUUAUAAUGCAACAUCAUUUGACACCGUGUCCAGUGAGGAGAAAGUCUUUCAAAGUUGUUGGCAGCGGUUUUGCUAACGUCGGUUUUAUCGCAGGCAGCUCAGACACUGUAGUCGCCUCAUGAACCCGAUGGUGAUAGUAAUGAGAAGACAAGACGUAUCAUCUAGCCGAACUCUACUGGGAAAGCCCUUUGAGAACAGCUGCAGUAUCCAGGAAUGUUCACUCACUCACCAGAAACCUCUCUAUUUAAACGUUUUCAACACAGGAGUAUCGUCAUUGAUUGGGGGGCUUUUGGUCAUAAACCUGUCAAUCAUUCUUCGUGUAUCAAACAGCAUAUGUGUUCCAGCUUAUUGCUUGUUUUGCUUGUGGAAAAGGUUAAUGCUCAUCCUGUCGCCAUAUCAAGCAUCUAUUACCUGUAGACAUGUGUACAUAUACUCUCACCUUUCGAUAAUGCUGUACCCAUACUAACACUGAUAAAAUUUCCGUAAGGGUUAUUUAUUACGCAUUGUAAGCCAUAUUAUAUGAGUGUCCGCUACAAAACAUUUGUUCAACAUGUGUGUCUGCCUGAUUUAGGGUAUAAUGUUAUUCUUAUUUUAAACGUGUUUGUCAAAUUUGUAAGAAACAUGAAUUAGUUUAAGCGUGAUGCCUGCAUUUACCUGGGAUGUGACUGAAAUAGUGAUGCUUUAAGGUCGCCAAAACAUGUGUAAUAUUAGCAAUACAAGCCUGAUCAAUCGUAGUAAGGGUAGGAUACUAGUAUAUGGAUGGACAACUUCUUUAUUACAAUUAGGAGAGACGUUUUGAUGUAGGUUCUAACACCGUUAUCAAGCAAGUGUACAGAGUAUGGUUGACAAGUAUAUAUACAGGAUAGGAGGGAGUGUUUAUACAGUUGAGUAGGUUUAAGAUGCAGUUACAGACAGACAGACAUAGUUUAUUACACUGCUGGAGUGGAGAAGCCUGUUAUGUACACAGAAGGGUAAACAUAUUGGCCGGUGAAGCCUAUAAUUAUGGACAAAAGGGUGAAGCCAGUAAUGAUCAAUCGUAUUCAGUAUAGCUUCAGCAUAACUUUAAGUACAAUCCCUUUACAUUAUGUUAUUGUGGUCAUGAGCGUUAUCACUACAGGUGCAUAAUCAGUUAAUUAUUGUCAUUGUUAGUAUUCAACUAAUAAAGUUAAUGUAUUGGUUCAAAUAAUAUAUUUGAUGUCGUAUGAAGUGUGUAUUUACAUGUGUUGAUAGGAUGAGUGUGUAUUGAGAGCCUAGGGUCAAGGGAAGAAUCACUAAAGGCCUGCGUGUUGCUAAACGGAAUCUGAGAUGGCGUUAUUAAAGUAUCAAACUUCUCUACCUUCUUAAAUUCGUACACGUCGUCAGUCGUUUGAGUUGAGGGAAGACGGACAAAAAGGAAGACUUGUUCGGAUUGUACUUAAUUUGUGUUGAUCUACGCUGUGAAAUGUCACUGGAAACCGUCCGAUCACACACACACACACACACACACACACACACACACACACGCACGCACGCGCGAUACAUACUUGUUCUCGAAUACACCCUUUUGCCGAGAAUGAAAUACCUUAGCCAAUGUCAUAGUCAAUGCAAUGUCUUCAGGCCCAAGCUACUGUCAUUAUUCACAGCAAUAACAAAAAGAACCUAUACCCUCUCAAAAUAGUAUUGUUACUGAAGCUUUACCCUUGUUUGAUGUUAGCGUUGUUUGAUCUACCGAACUAAAGACGCUUCAUCGAUUAGUCUACUUCCUUUAAGACUAAAGACAGACGUAUUAACUAUUCAGGUAAGAAAUUAACCCUUUUCAACCUGUUUUGUUGCUGUAUACGUAAUGAAGACAACAAAUGAGGUUUCGUCCAGCGAUGACAAAGAAACACCUCAUAGUCUUUCUGCUAAAUAACUUGUUAGGGUUUAGCAUUUAUGUAAUCAACUACUAAGCAUUAACUCAAUGACGAUGCUAUUAUCUUUACCAAACAAAUGUAAAUGUCAAAGAAAAUACAUUAUUUUCGUAGAACGGAUCGUAUGAUUGUGUUUUGAAUUUAGAAUGGAGUACAUGUUAGUUGAUAAUCAAUGAUAAAUAAACUUGUUCAUCACAGGUACAGGAGAAAUUCUCAAUGAAAAGUGCAAUAUGUUCUUAACACCUACAAGUACACGAACACGGCAGCGAGUAGAGCUGUCCUGAAUGUUUUAGUCCUUGAGUUAUCAGAGUUAUGGUCCUUUAUUAUGCACACGAACAUGGUAGGAUUCGUUUUUCCUGAUUUGUUUCUAAUCUACUUGUCACAUAGGGUCUAUGAAUGACAGAUUCCAAUUAGUUACGUGUAUACACCUUCCAUAUUGAUAGUCACGCACUUGAGAGGAGAGUCGAGUAUGAUAUCAACCACAACAGACUGGUUACGACCAGAUCGAGACUGACACAUCAACAUUUUACAGCAUUGGAAAAGCAUACCUUUUAAUAGAACAGAUGCAUGCCCACGACUAGG